AUGUGGAAGCUGCAAGCUCCUCCAUAGUUUGGGGAGGUGGUGGCGUGAACCGAGCGUUGUGUUGAGCGACUGGGUCGUUCGCCUGGAAAACAACCUAUAUAAACCUAGCUCCCAACGAUUACGACAGCGGUCUAAUUUCAUACUCCUCAGACUCAACCAAAUUGUUCUCUUUCGCCGACAUGGCUCAACCUCACUUCAAAAGGACGCAUGACGUGCAGUCCUAUGCCAAGUUCUAUCAAGAAAGUGAGCGUAGACAGAUGGAGCGUGAAGAAAAGAAACGUCAACGCAAGCGCGAGGAACAGCGAAAGCAACAGCAAACAUCAAUACUCAAACCAUCGGCACUGGCAACGUCACUCGAGCGAGAUCCUAGAGCCUCAAUUGUGACAGAGAAUCAGACCUCAAGCCAUACUUCUAAUGGUCCUCCCGAUUUUCCUCUCAGUAUCGACGAACCGGACUCCAAUCUCACUGGGGCUCUCGCGACAGCCGAGUCAUACGAUGGCCCUACUAUGGGCGAUCUCGCACAUACGACGCGGCCUUUUGCCUCGAUCCUCGAGAUCGAUGGUUUUAUAGCGGAAACCGCCAAAUACACCACCCCUGAUGGAAUCAAGUCUUCGGAACACUGGUCGCCUUGUGCCUCUGUUCUUCCUCAGCUUCCCACAGGAUUGACCUCACAGCAAGUCACAGUGGCCGCUGCACAAAACAAGCAGCCUCUGGUUCCCAGUCCAGUUAGAUCUUCAACCGGACAACUCCGCCUAGCAGGUUGUGUUCCAAAUGACGUGAACGAAUGCAUUACCCAAGACAAGGCGACGAGCGAAAACGGCGACACCUGCGAAAACAUUGAGGAUGACGGCUCAGUUAACGACGACAACGGGAGCUCUGAUGAUGACGACACCGAUCGCGAGAGCUUUCUUCCGGACGGAGCCUUUCGGGAACCUCAAUUUAUAGAUCGACACCGGCCGAGGACCUUCUCAACAAGCAAGUCGGCGCCGCCCGACCCCGCGAAGAGCCCACUAUACGCACGAAGUUCUGUUUCCAAUUUCUCCAUCGAUGAUGUCGCCGUUUCACUGGAAAUAGCGGAAGAAUGUCAACCAGACAUUUUUGCGCUUCCUACCCCAUCCUCAGAUCACCCCUUCGUCUCACAGCAAGGUGGUGACGUCAUCAUCAGUCAGAGAAAACGAGGUCACGAGGCAUGCGAAGAAGGACAUGAGAGCGACGACCUUUGCCUUCCUAAGCGAAAGAGAUCACGAAAUCCCAAUGAGACGACUGCAACAAAUGCUCUUUCUGUGAGGACUUUGCGCGCACUACCUUCUCGAGUCUUGGCAGAGAAGCCAGGCAGGAGGGGCGUUCCAGCCCAGUGCGAAAGACAUAUUCGGCGCUCCUUAAGAUCAAAGCCACGGUCUCACGCCUCUGGCGCCGUGAGUUGUCAAGAUGCCCAGCCUCACCUUGACGGGCUUCCCUCACUGGACGUGGAUAAUGCGUCAAAUAGAGGGAAGCGGACGAGAACACGGCGGGGGCGAUCGCAAACUACACCCCAGGUGACUUCGCCGCGUUCGUCUCAUUCCAACCAUUCUUCAGGAAAGCCUAAUCCUCAAAAGAAUGGACGAGAUUGCCUCCCUCCUGCCGCCACCACAGUAAAUUCGUCCUCAGCCACAUGUCACACCUGUGGCUUUUCUGCAGAGCAUUUGCUGCAGAUAAGCGACACCGUCGAGGCUCUCACUCGAAGUGGUGCUGAGCUGUCUGGCAAUGCAAGGGAAUCAGACAUUCUUCGGCUGUUUCUCGGGUUCGUCAGAGAUCAUGCUACGCAGAGGCUUCCACGUAAGGCAACAAUCACUGGAAACUGCGAUGCCUAUAAUGGGAACAAUCAAGAACAGAUACGGGAAGCAACUGUGGGGCUACCAAACUCCGAGACAGUCAAAGAUGACGAAAGCUCAGAUGGCAACUCUGAAGACAGCGACGUAGUAGCAGGGACAUCGCUUUUUCUUCUUCUUUAUAUGUGUAUACCGCGGUUACUUAUAAUACACACAUAAUGAAGACGCGGUUUUGCUUAUUACUCAAAUCCCAGGAUUUCUGAUUAUAGGCAGAUGUUUUUUCCUCGAAAUACUAAUAUUGGACGGUUGCUCUGAAACGGCUCACUAGAUGAAGUGUAUAUAAGGUGUUUUUGCGAACCCCUUUGCGUGAUAAGGACAUGACACCAUGUCUGAAAGAAAUGCCCGGAGGACUAUCUGGUUUUGUAGAUCUCGUCAGAGACCAUGGCUCAGGAAAAGGCCUUACCUCAGACGCCUGCUAGUUUGGGAUUCAAUCUGGGCAGCGACGAGGGUUCAUACCUCUGUUUCGUAAGUUGAAAGGUGGCACGGCCGAUUGCAAUGAU